AUGUCACGAUUUUCUUCAGGGGUCAAGUCCGGAGAGGCUCCUGCCUACGACGAGAUUAUGCUCCCUCGCAAGGGUCAAGAUGUUCGACAUGCACCCUCUCGUAUGCCUUGGUACAAUCCUCGCUACUGGCGAAAGAGAGUCUGGGCUGGAGUCGCCACAAUUGUUGUGAUUGUCAUCAUUAUCAUCGUUGCGGUCGCAGUUUCAGAAUCCAGAAAGAAUAGAUACCCAGACUACUCGACACUGGAAUACAGUCUAGCAGACACAUACGGAGGAGAGUCCUUCUUCGACCAGUUCCACUACUUCACUGGAUACGAUCCCACCGAGGGCUUUGUUCACUACGUUCCCAAAGAACAAGCAGAGUCUCUUAACCUCACCUAUGCGGCUUCUGACUCGGCAUUCCUGCGAGUUGACACUUCUGUUGGACCCAACGAUAAACCUAACGCCUCAACUGGCCGCUUUUCCGUUCGAGUCGAGUCCAAGAAGACAUACGAAAAGGGUCUCUUCAUCUUUGACGUCAAGCAUACUCCUUACGGCUGUGGCACUUGGCCUGCGCUUUGGCUCACCGAUUCAUCCAACUGGCCCGAGCAUGGUGAGAUCGAUAUCAUGGAAUCUACCAACAAAGCCGAUGAUGGAAAUCAGAUGACGUUACACACCACGGGCGGUUGCUCCAUGGACGUUCGUCGCAAGGACACUGGCAAAGCUCUACAAAAGAACUGCAACCAUGAGAAAAGUGAUAACGCAGGAUGUGGUGUCAAAUCAGAAGCUGAUGGGUUUGGCACAGCCUUCAACAAGAAUGGAGGAGGUGUCAUGGCUGUCGAGUGGCGAGACGAGGGCAUUCGUAUGUGGCAGUUCGCCAGAAACUCGAUCCCCUCUGAUAUCAAGGGAAACAAACCCACACCCAGCACUUGGGGUACCGCUCUCGCCGACUUUCCAAACACUGACUGCAAUAUUGGUUCUCAUUUCAAGAACCAGAGUAUCAUCGCAAACAUCGAUUUGUGCGGAAGUCUGGUCUACUCUGUUUGGGAUAACUCUGAGUGUUCUGGAAAUUGCACUGACCUCGUUGCAAACAAUCCUGAAGCGUUCAAGAAUGCUUACUGGGAGUUUGGUUCUUUCCAAGUAUACCAAGCAAAGUGA